UCGCAGGUAUGGUAGGAUGGGGAUGGGAAGGAAUUCUAACUAGCCCUGCUGAAACCUGAGUCCUGGACCAGGCGUUCCAAGGAGUGAGUGGGAGGCCAAUCCUGACACCUCCCAGUGGGGCGGGGCUCGGAUUCUCCCCCAGGGGUCCUGGGUCACAAAGGCGGUUGCCAAGCGCUGGUGGAGAAAAGAUGCUGCUGCCACUCUGGAGCGUGCGGCCCACGGAGUUCAGCAGGACUGUCAAUGGCAGGAUAUCAGCUCUGGUCACCAUGGACCCCACUGGAUGAGAGCUUCCAAUGGCUGCGGCACACAACACCUACCCCUUCCUCCAAGCACCCCUUUAGGGCCUCCCCCUGUUUUCCACAUACCCCUUCUGACCUUGAAGUGCAGCUGUGCUUUCAAGAGGUCACUCUAGUCCUAGACAGCCCGUUCCUGGAAACCGGAGUGAGUCCCAAGUUACCCUGCCACACGUCAGAGCUCCGAACCAUGAGCAACAAGAAAGGACUGGUCAGGAAGCCCCAGCCCAUCCGCCUCAGUGGAGUGGAUUCUGUCUUUGGCAGGGUCAUCACGGCUCAGCCACCCAAGUGGACUGGGACCUUCAGAGUUUCAGACAAGUCAGCCUUCUGCAAAAUUAUCAGCAGGGAGCACCAGUGGCCCACUGGACUUAAGGAGCCUCAGAUUCAGAUGACAGUGACUAUGUGCAAACAGAUGCUGCGCUCCAUCCUCCUGCUGUAUGCAACAUAUAAGAAGUGCACCUUUGCCUUACAACACUCCAAGUAAAGGGUCCCCAUCUGAUCCCCCCAAUCUUCACACCAUGUUCUUUGGUAUGUACCUGAAGCUUACACAAAUCUGUUCACAUAAAUGAAACUGUGACACUGCCCCAGCUAUUCUGCUUUCCUGUGAAGCAGUGAUAAUUCAGGAGCCCCUGUCUCUCCAAAAUAAGGGGAGGGUGGGCAGUGAUAACAGUGCAAGGGAAAACAUUUCCAUUGUAAAUUUGAAACGACCAUUUAAAAGAGUCAAACUAGCAUUGACAUGUACAUGUGAUAAAGAACCAUUAAACCAUAUAAAUCAAUGA